AUGACGAAUUCUCCAAGGUCUACCCAUGUGGCGGCAUUGCUGUUGCUGAUGCCUCUGCUGGCGACAGGGUUCCAGCUUCGGACGCUUCCCCGCCUCUCUGCAGUGGGUAUCCCAAACAUGGCGGUCCAACCAUUCAGAGGAAAGCCAAUAUUCACUCCUCGAUGUGGAAAGCUGUUCAGUACCACCUCUCCAAAAGACACGGAUACCGACAUUCCUGUCGAAAGCACCAAUCGCGGCACUUGGGAAGAAGAACAUGACGAUGAUGAAGAGGAAGAGGAAUUGAGCCAAGAAGAAUCAGAUGAUGAAAUCGACGCCAAUGAGGAUGACGAUGACAAUAGCCCUCUUCUUCAAGAAUACGAGCAUUGGAUGAAAGCCAUUUCCAAGGCACAAACGGGUCUAUCCAAAAAGCAGACUUCCUUGGAACACGAACGGAGCAAGGCACAAGCACUCGAAGACACGGUGUCACGGGCACAAUUAAUUGUCAACAAUCUAUAUCUAUUCAACAACAACAACAACAACAACAACAACAACAAAGAUGACAAUGUCUACUACGUGGUAGAUUGGGAGAAGGAUGGGAUUGAAGUAGAAUUGAAAUUGGAUCCACAGUACGAAUCGGCAUCGGCCGAAGCAGAUGCCCUCUUUGCACAAGCCAGGAAAUUAAAGAGAGGAUCCAAAGUCGUGGAAGAAUUGCUCGAACAAGUGAAGCAAGCCCUGCAACUAUUGAUGGACUGCCAAGCCGAUUUGGAGUCGGCAAAACAACCACAACAAGCUAUGGACGAAGGACGAGUGCGAUUGGUACAAGAUCGACUGCGAAGGACAUCUAGUACCACCCAAUUUCAGGAACCACAAACGCAAUCUCGUGAUGUAACUACCAACAAUUCACGCAACAACAACCAAAACAGUAAUUCACGCCACAACAACAACAACAAGAAAAACAAGAAACCGGCGUUGGGAACCCCCGCCUCUCAUGUCCGAAAAUUACUCACCCCCAACGGCGCCACGGUCCUCGUGGGCCGAAAUCGUCGCGGCAAUGAAUACUUGACAUUUACACAAGCCCGAGGAAAUGACAUUUGGAUGCACGCUCGGGGUACUCCCGGGGCGCACAUUUUGGUAUUGGAUCGUCGCGGCAGUGUUCGUCCUACGGAUGCUUGUAUGGAAUUUGCCGCCCAUUUGGCGGCCUUUUACAGUGACGGACGCGCCGAAGCCAAGGUUCCCGUUACGGUGGCGGCUCCCAAACAUUUGCUCAAACCACGAGGAGCGCCAUUGGGUGCCGUCAAGUUGCGACAAGAAGGACAAGUCUUGUACGGGUGCCCCGAAUUGGUGCCGCCGGAAUUGGUACAAGCGCGAGCGCAAUCGGGACAAUCGGAAGAGUAUCGGUCGGCCGACAAGGCCAAACAUCGGAAGCAAACCCGGCAACGGCAGCAACGAAAAAGGACUGGUAGUAGUAACAACAAGAGACGGAAUAAACAACAACAGCAGCAGGAAGAGGAUGGGUGA